AUGGCGCCGGGGAAGCUUGUGGAUACAGAGCCAUGCUCAAUACCUGAUAGCCAUUUAUUGGAACAAAUAUCAGACGAUGUCGACCUCGUCAAUGUUAUGAAGGCGAAGCUAGCGCAGUCCAGCUCACAGCCGUCAUCACCUAUUGACAAGGAGAAAGAUAAAUCGAAAUUCCGGCAAUAUGACAAAGCCUGCGAGAAAGUCAAGGCCUUUUACCGGGAGCAACAUGAGAAACAAACGGUGGCGUACAACAUCGAAGCAAGACGACAGUUCCACUCAAAAGUCCGCGCGCGAAUGACCGUCUGGGAAGCAAUUGAGAAACUCGACACCCUUAUUGACGAGUCAGACCCGGACAUCUCACUCUCCCAAAUCCAUCAUCUACUUCAGUCAGCCGAGGCCAUUAGACAUGACGGAAAACCACGGUGGAUGCAACUAGUUGGCCUUAUCCAUGAUCUCGGGAAACUUCUUUUCUUCUUUGGGGCUCAGGGUCAGUGGGAUGUUGUUGGAGACACCUUUCCAGUUGGCUGCGCAUUCGAUGAACGAAUCAUAUACCCGGAAACCUUUGUCAACAAUCCAGACUCGACUCAUGAGGUUUACAGCACAAAGUUUGGCAUAUACACCCCAAACUGUGGAAUGUACAAUGUCAUGCUCUCGUGGGGCCAUGACGAAUAUCUUUACAAUGUUGUGAAAACGCAAUCAACGCUACCAGAGGAGGCACUGGCCAUGAUAAGAUACCACUCAUGCUAUCCAUGGCACACUGAAGGAGCUUAUCAGGAACUCAUGGAUGAGAAUGAUCAUCGAAUGCUCAAGGCGGUGCAGGAGUUCAACCCUUACGAUCUAUACAGCAAGAGUGACAAGAUCCCAAACAUCGAAGAUCUCAAGCCCUACUACCUCGAACUCAUCGAUGAAUUCUUCCCAAACCAGGUCAUAAACUGGUAA